GUAUCGACCAUGCAUUGCGGUCUGUGCUUUACAGUACUGGUGCUGAUACUAGUUUCAGGCUUUUCACCGGUUUACACGGCGAAUAUAUUAGAUUUUCUUUGGGAAAACACCGAGGUCGAGCGGCGCGAUGAAAGUGUUGACCAAUCCUCGACGUCGCAAAAAAGUUGCGUAUGCAAUGGACCUCAAUGUAUGUGCUGUGUCGAUUUCAACUUGACCUACAUAGACCUUGGUGGACCAGGAUGCGUGCAAAUGAAGUAUAUAUCGCAAUCUGAAGGAAUAGCUUUGAAUGUUUCAUAUGGCGAAAGCCUUUUGCACAGCGAAACGGUUAAAGGCCCGAAUCCUGAGCCCACAUGCAUGAAUUUGCUCGUCAAUUUGGCACAAGUUUGCGCGCGAUUUUUAGAUUUGCAACCAAAAGAAGACGGGCUGAGGGGUUGCCUAGUUUUAGAGCCCAAACUAUUGGGCGACGUUACCGCCACCUUUGCCAUUGGCUGCUUCACAAUGGGACCAAAAGGAAUGAAAAUGGAACAAACCAACAACACUAUAACUCCCCCAAUAGAAAACGAAAUCGCUACUAAUACCACUCAAUCCGAAACUGGUUUAAAUGAGGAGGAAUUAAUAGCGACCGUUAAUGAAACGGCUGAACAGGGCCUGGCUUUCUUCGGAAAUCUAUUAGGUCUAGCGUUUGGCAAACCAGAUACUAACAAUGCUGACACAGAGACAACAACAGCCAAAAUCAUCGAAUCAACCAAUACACCGACCCAAUCAAGGAAAGUUAAGCAGCUAUUUAAGCCCAAUAAUCUACUUUAAGCGCCAAACCAUUUAUUUAUUAUUUGUUUGUUAUUUAUUCAAUACAUGUUUAAUU